AUGUGGAAUAACAAUCAGCAAUCAUAUGGCUCGCCACCGCCCACCUUCCCAUCGUUCCCAAACUCUGGCCCUCCACCGGGUCCGCCUCCAGCUGGCUACAAUCCUGGAUAUGCGCCUUCAUACGCCCCUCCCGGCGGUCACCCUCCGAAUAGUGGACCUCCUGGUCCGCCACCGUCCGGAUAUGGUCCACCCCCAGGACCUCCAUCUGGGUAUGGUCCACCUCCAGGGCCUCCAUCUGGGUACGGGGCCCCUCCAGGUCCGCCACCUUCUGGCUACGGUACAAACUCUGGCCCACCACCACCUUCUGGGUUCGGAUUUCCUCAAGCCCAUGGAUAUGGUCCACCCGCAGGUCCUCCCCCGGUUAGCCGAGGAUAUCCUGGUCAGCAAUACCACCAGUCUCCUCCUCAUGGUCCUCCCCAUGGUCCUCCUGGCCCCCCACCUGGCGGAUACCCAGGUCAACAUGCACAGGGCGGUUAUCCCGGACAAAAUUCUCAAGGGUAUCGUCCACCUCCACCUCUUCACGCUAAUGUUUACCAGCCACCCCCUGGCCCUCCUCCGAUGCCACCCAGCCAAGUGCAACAUUACGGACCACAUUUCGAAGGAGCAAACCACAGAGAUGCGCAACCAUUCUUUCAGUAUUCUCAGUGUACAGGAAAGAAAAAAGCUCUUUGCAUCGGUAUCAACUACUUUGGCCAAGGUGCAGAAUUGGCGGGAUGUAUUAACGAUGCUCUGAACGUCCAGCGUUUUAUUUGCACACAAUUUGGCUACAAGAAAGAAGAUAUUGUGAUGCUCACAGAUGAUGCCAAGAAUCCUCGUAUGAUGCCCACGCGUGAAAACAUUAUCAACGGAAUGCAAUGGUUGACUCGGAACGCAUCUCCAAACGACUCCUUGUUCUUUCAUUAUUCUGGUCACGGAGGUCAGACCAAGGACCUCGAUGGUGAUGAGGCGGACGGUUUUGACGAAGUGAUUUACCCUAUGGACCAUGAAGCUAAGGGACAUAUCGUCGAUGAUUUGAUGCACGACAUUAUGGUGAAGACGCUUCCCCCUGGCUGUCGUUUAACGGCUAUUUUCGACUGUUGCCACUCGGGAUCUGCUCUCGAUCUUCCUUAUAUGUAUUCGACAGAAGGCAAGCUCAAAGAACCCAAUCUAGCUGCUGAAGCGGGGCAGGGCUUGCUAUCAGCCGUUACAUCAUAUGCACGGGGAGACAUGGGCGGUGUGCUCAAGUCUGCCCUCGGUCUCUACAAGACUGCAGGUGGGAGCACGCAGAAAGCAGAAAAAUAUGCUCGGGCGACGAAGACUAGUCCCGCUGAUGUUAUUUCGUGGAGUGGUUGCAAAGAUUCUCAGACAAGUGCCGAUACGCAAGAAGGAGGUCAAGCCACCGGUGCUAUGAGCUUCGCCUUCAUUUCUGCACUUACCGCUAACCCUCGGCAGAGCUAUCAACAACUUUUGGUCAGCAUCCGAGAAAUUCUGAGAGCCAAAUACGAUCAGAAACCUCAGCUCGGGAGCUCUCAUCCAAUGGAUACGAACCUUAUGUUUAUCUGUUAAGA